AUGAAUUGUCUGUUCGUGUCAAAAAUGCUCAGGAUCCUUCCCUUGGUGGUUGCGAGAACAGCUUAUCCCUUGCCUGAUGCCAUUGAUUUUGAGGUGUGUUCGGAUUCCUUAAUGGGGAAAGAGAUGAGAGCUUCCCUCCCAAACCAUAAACCCCGAAAACCAAUUACCGGACACCCAAAGCCCAUCUCGACCUCCAAUUUUCCCACCUCCAAACUCCCAAAAAACCUAUCUUUCCUAAGAAACAAACAAAAAAGCAGGUGGCUUCUGAACUCGGUGGUCAAGCGAGAAGAGUGUGAUGUGAUUCCAGUUCAGAGCUCCGACUAUACGGACCAGAAGGAAGGGGCGGUGGUGGCGAGCAUGGUGGAUAGCGACGACGGGGAUCAGGGGGAGUCAGUGAGUCAGGUGGGCGGGUUCGGAGAAAGUGAGAUGAGGCUUUCGUUUCAAGGUGCUGGUGGUUUUGGGUCUUCUGGGGUUGGAAAUGAGAGGGAUAGUAAGGAAUUUGAGAGGCUGGUAGAUAGGACUAUCAAUGCCACUGUUGUGCAUGCAGCUGGUACUUUUGCUUUUACUAAGUUGAUGACCAUCGAUCAAGAGAGAAAUGAGAGGCGGGUGUGCGGAGAAUGUGGGUGUAGAGGAGAGAAAGGAGAGAAGGGAUGGAUGAAGGGGGUUGUGAGGGUGAGGAGUAGCCCAGAAAAAAUUAUAAAAAAAAGAAGAGUUAUUGGGCCUAAUAGGAUCCGCGAGGGCGGCGCGAUGAUCCGGAUGAAGGGGGAAGUCGGCACCAGAAAAAUCGUAAAGGCCUUUCGGCACAUGCGUCACGUGGUGGGGGACAUCAGGAUCUUAAGGAACAUGGACGACGACAAGGUGGAUCUCAGUGCCGUACAAUCUCAUGAUGUAGAUGAAGUAGCUGGGGAGGCUGCUAGUUAUGCAUUUUUCAGCUGA